UGCGCAACCAAUCCAGCAGUACCAUACUGCUAUCUCGAAUGUCUCGACCCAAAGUAUGCUCGCCUGGAGCUCUCCCGCCUGUCUGGUCUAUUCUUCGGCUUGUUCAUAUCGCUUUUGGGCCCCGUUGUCUUUCUUCACAUAUAUCGAGAAUACCGCGAUGGUCCACGCGCUACCGAAACGACGAGAUUACUGGGCCUGUUCGCGCGAACGCCAAAGGGGAAGAGGGAGAGGCUUUUACAGAGGCUAUGUGAGAUAAAGGAGGUCGAGUAUCCGGUGUAUAUCUCGG